CUCUCUCUCUCUCUCUGACCCUGACCCUGACCCUCUUCUCCCACAUACAGAGAGAAAAGAUCAUAGAAUGGCAAAGACCCUUCUUUGGUUUCUACGAUUUUGGCGCUUAAACCCUUCUCCUUCUCACUUCUCAGACUCCUCUGUCCCCCACACACUUUCUCUCUCUUCACUCUCUUUCCCUUCUUCUUAAGGCCCCCUCCUGCUCCAGUCUUUUCAGCAAAACAAAAAUGGAAGAAGAGUGAAACACAGAAACACCAACAUACAUCACACACAUAUAUAUAUAUAUAUAUAUAUAUAUAUAUAUAUAUAUAUAUAUAUGUACACACAUAUACAGACAGACACAGAUUCAUAGAGAGAGUGAGAAGCAAAGGACUAUCUGGGUCUGCAGAUUUUUUUGUUCUUAGUUCACAGAUUUUCAUUUGAUCUUAUUAAUCAUCAUUUGAUAAGAGAUCUCAAUACCCCAGAGCUUUUUCUGUCUAAAAGACUCCAUCUUUAAUCUGAAACCUGUGUUUUUCAAUCUUUUUUGAUACUGGGUCUUGUGUUUUGUAAUAAAAAUUUGAUUUUUAUUUUUCACUGAAUCAAGUGAGGUUUUUUUGAGCUAUUUCAAUGGCACCAAGUUUUGAUUGUUUUUCUAGCCUUCUCUGUGAGGAAGAUGCUAGUAUUUUUGAGGAUAGUGAUUAUGGGGGCUCCAUGGAGAUGAUGGUGGAGGAGACAUGGAAUUCUAGAUAUGGUGGAAACCAGCACUAUGGUGAUCCAAAUCCAAUUGGGGUUUUGCCAUUGCUGAGUGAUGAGUGUUUUGCUUUAAUGGUGGAGAAGGAAUCACAUCAUUUGCCUGGUGGUGAUUAUGUGAAUAAGCUGAGGAGUGGGGAUUUGGAUUUUGGGGCUAGAAAGGAGGCCAUUGAUUGGAUUGAAAAGGUCCGAGAGCAUUUUGGUUUUGGACCUCUAUCUGAAUAUCUAUCCAUCAACUACUUGGAUCGAUUCUUAUCUUCAUGUGAAUUUUCAAAACAAAGAGCUUGGACAAUGUCAUUGCUUGCUUUGGCAUGCUUAUCUCUUGCAGCCAAAAUAGAUGAACCUAAGGUUCCUCUGUGUCUUGAUUUGCAGGUGGGUGAAUCUAAGUAUGUGUUUGAAUCUGAAACAAUACAAAAGAUGGAGCUUAUGGUACUGAACAAAUUGGGGUGGAGAAUGCAAGCAAUUACCCCUUUCUCCUUCAUUGACUAUUUCCUUUCCAAGAUCAGUGAUGAUGAAACCACACUAGGAGCUUCAAUUUUGAAAUCUGUCCAACUUAUUCUGAGUGCUGCAAGAGGUAUUGACUUCCUAGAGUUCAAAUCAUCAGAGAUUGCAGCAGCUGUGGCAUUAUCUGUGGUGGGAGAAACCCAAACAGGUCACACAGAGAAAGCCAUUUCUGUUCUUAUUCAACAUGUAGAAAAGGAGAGGGUAUUGAAGUGUGUUGAAAUGAUCAAUGAGUUGUCAUCAGGUGGUGGUGGUUCUGCCAGUGAUGCUAUUGCUGCUUCUGUUUCUGUUCCCCAAAGCCCAAUAGGGGUGUUGGGUGCUGAAUGCUUCAGCUACAAAACUGAUGACACCACAAAUGCUGGUUCAUAUGCAAAUUCUACACAUAAUAAUAGUCCUGAUGCUAAACGGAGGAAGCUAAAUCCAACAUUUGGAGUAUAGCUAUUUUGGGUUGGAAAUUUUACCAUCACUCAUAAAAUUCUUUUCUGGAAAAGGAUUUUUGUUUUUGUUUUAUGGGUGGUGUUCCUCUCAAGGGAAAGCCAAUCAAGGAAGCAGGAAGAUAGAUAGGAAAAAUGAAAUAAUAAAAAAGCCAAAAAAAUAAGAAACCCAAAAAAGACAAUAAGUGGCGGAAAUAGAACUUACUAGGAUGAGACAUAUUUUGGGGCAUUUACUUUAAUCAUGUCAUUAUCUUUUAUACUAUUGGUUAUUAAACAAUUUUUACUGUUUUUGAAACAGUUAAAAAAAAUAUUAUUGCUUUGUCACCA